AUGGCAGCUUCCACACCCCCAAGCCCCCAGGGCGCCAUCGGCAUACGCUCCAGCUCGCACCUCGACCUCUACACGGGGCCCACAAUCCGCGUAAAAGUAGGACUGCAGGACCAGGAGAAAGUCUUCCACAUCCAUAAAGAGCUUACAAUGCGCCACUCCAACUUCUUCCGCAAAGCUUUCGAGGCACCCGACCCAAAAGUGGGCAAGCACGACACGGAUACCCUGCCGCACGUCACCCUGGCGGCCUUCGCUAUGUUUGCGGACUGGCUGUAUAAGCAAGAUCUGCCCCGGCUUGGUAAGUGGCAGACGGCUUAUUGCACUCCUGGAAACUGGCACGCAGUCUGCUGGCUGUUGACGGAACUGUACUACUUCGCUGGUCGCUUUGGGGUCCCGCAGCUACAGUCCCUCGUCAAGAGACGCGCGGUUACCUACUUCAAUACGGAUAAUCUCCCACAAUCUUCCACGAUCACGAUCGUCCACGCACUCGAAAAGCUACUGCAGGAUGAUAUCUUCGUCCGGCUACUCGCGGAUGCGUGCUGCAAGAACUGGAACCUGCACGAACAUGGAGCUGGCGGGGAAUAUGACUUUGACAGGUUGCCGCGCAGCUUCGUCCUCAUGAUGAUGGAGAGGGCCGGCGAGCUGGCGAGCGGCACGCGGCUGGACCCUGAUGGCUAUGAGGAGCGGUCUGAAGAGCAACGCAGGUCGGUUGACGCUGGUGGAGAGCCGCCGCGGAAGGUACUCAAGAUUAAAUUGGCAUCGUGA